AUUCCACACCCUAAUUGAUUUUAACAAACGAGUUUUAAAGUGUCACUCAUGAAUUACCUAAGCCCUCCAUUGAUGGGCUUAUAAUCACGCCACUGGCGGCCAUAUAAAAGGGCUCUGGCGCCUUGAUAUUAGGGCUAUUAUUCAAGUUAGAGUGCAUCACAAUGGAGCUACGAAGAAUCUUUCCAGCCUUGUUCACCCGAUCGGAGGACUCCCCAGCUCGCUCGCGAGACGGAACCCUGUACCUGCUGCGCUGCAUCUUUCUCAUGGGCGUACGCAAGCCACCCACCCAUUUCUUUCUGGCCUACGUUCUCUGGUCCUUUGCCCUGAACUUCUGCUCAACCUUUUACCAGCCCAUUGGCUUCCUCACGGGCCUUAUCAUCCAUUUAUCGGAGUUCUCGCCGGGGGAGUUUCUCACGUCGCUGCAGGUGGCCUUUAACGCCUGGUCCUGCUCCACCAAGGUGCUGAUUGUGUGGGCGCUGGUUAAGCACUUUGACGAGGCCAAUGUCAUCCUCGACGAGAUGGACAAACGUAUCACGGAGCCGGGCGAGCGUCUGCAGGUGCAUCGCGCAGUCUCGCUCAGCAACCGCAUAUUUUUCUUUUUCAUGGCAGUCUACAUGGUUUAUGCCACGAACACCUUCCUUUCGGCGAUCUUAAUUGGAAGACCGCCAUACCAAAAUUACUAUCCGUACCUAGACUGGCGCUCCAGCACUUUGCACCUGGCCCUGCAGGCCGGCCUGGAGUACUUUGCCAUGGCUGGCGCCUGCUUCCAGGAUGUGUGUGUGGACUGCUACCCCGUGAACUUUGUUCUUGUGCUACGCGCUCACAUGUCCAUCUUUGCGGACCGCCUUCGGCGACUGGGUACAGAUCCAGCCGAGAGCCAGGAGCAGCGUUACGAGCGACUGGUUGAGUGCAUACAGGACCACAAGGUCAUUCUGAGAUUUGUCGACUGCCUGCGCCCAGUUAUCUCUGGUACGAUCUUUGUGCAGUUCCUGGUAGUGGGUUUGGUGCUGGGCUUUACUCUGAUUAACAUUGUUCUGUUUGCUAACUUGGGAUCGGCUAUCGCGGCGCUGUCCUUUAUGGCCGCCGUGCUUCUUGAGACGACGCCCUUCUGUAUUCUGUGCAACUAUCUCACGGAGGACUGCUACAAAUUGGCCGAUGCCCUAUUUCAGUCCAACUGGAUCGGAGGGAAAAAGCGCUACCAAAUGACACUCAUGUACUUCCUGCAAAAACUACAGCAGCCGAUUACCUUAAUGGCCAUGAACGUGUUUCCUAUAUCUGUGGGAACCAACAUUAGUGUCACCAAGUUUUCCUUCUCCGUUUUUACUCUCGUGAAGCAAAUGAAUAUUGCUGAAAAACUUGCCAAGCCAGAUGAGGAAGAGUGAUGAAAAAAUUAAAUUUUACAAAAAAUGUACAAAAAAAUAAAGAUUAU